AUGGCGGACUCCGCUUUGAUGGGUCAAGAAAACGAUGACGCAAAGGAGGUUGUGCGCCAGCAGCGUACACUGAAGCGGAAGAAGGAUGGUUUGCGGAAGUUGGAUAAAAAGAUGAGGUCUGUGAAGGCAGAUAGUCCGGAGUAUAGUGCUCUCGUGGAGGAAAGCAAGGCGCUUGCAGCGGAGGUUGCUGCGAUGGAGGCGACGCUUGGAGUUUCCACUGUUGUUGUGCGGGAUGCUUCGACUGCGCCACCCGAUGCUCCCACCAUCUCUGGUGGUGCUCCUGCGGAAAAGACAUCCGCGACGGGCUUGGCGCAGUCAGCGGCAUCCGCGCGUUCUCCUUCUGGAGCAGUCUCUCAUGCAGAAAGUCAGGAGCGGCGUGGGUCCAUCCCAAGAAAACCAGAGAGGAGUGAACCCAAAGAUGCUUCGGCCAAGACUGGCACGGAGGGGGAAAGGACGGCGACGAGAGCAAAAAAACUGCAGAGCCAGCCCAACACGUCUUCACCCGCCAACAAGCGAACGUCCGAUGCGGUCGAUGUUGUGCAACCUGGUGAAUCCGUUAUAGAAAGUACUCUUUCUGGGACACAGUUCCCUCUGUUUCCAGAAAUGCCUUUUCAACCGCCUUGCAGCAGCGAGCUGGUACAUUAUCAGGUCGCUGAGUUGGCUCUGAUGAUGGAGUCUAUGGUGAUUGUUGGUGGCAACGCGCGGACCCUU